AUGAAAGCACACGAACUCAAAAAGAUAGAGAAGAUGCAAACUGCGUCUCAGAUGUAUGAAAGUCUUGCGGUGUUUUGCGACACAAUUCUUGCAGACAAACCAUAUGACCCACAAACGCACAUGAAAAUGUAUUCAACGUGUAUUUCAUAUUGCCAGCAAUCAACAUCAAACCCAUUGAAACUCUACCAAAUGAUUCAACAGAAGUGUGUCAUGAAACUGAAAGUUUUACUCAAAAAGUCGCAAGGAGUGAAUGGAGUUGACGCUUUGAAUUUUUUUGUCGAAAGUAAAGAAACUUUUUAUAUGAUGUGUUUGAAACUUUCACACGUGUUUUCGUACUUAGACCGCUUCUUUGUGAAACAUCAAAAAGCUGUGAAUGGCGAGUUCAACGAAGUUGUUUUUAAGCAUUGUAUGUCCCUCUAUUGGAAUGACUUACUUAAAGCGAAUGGGAAUAAAGUCGUCCAAUGUGCUCUCAAUUUACUUACCGAAGAACGGUCGGAGAGUGUUGCGACGUAUCGCGAAUUGAUUUCGAAGACAAUGCGACUGUUUCUCUUUUUCACGAAUCCCGAGAUGGUGAGUCAAGAAGUAGUUCGGUGUGAUGUGUACACGACUUUUUAUCAGAGAGAGUACGUAGUCGCUGCGAAUGAAUAUUUUGUCUCGUUACGCGACUUAUUUAAGAACUUUGGGAUAGCGGAGUUCCUUCAGAAGACCAUUGAAAUCAUCGACUUAGAACGCGACCGUCUUCAGUUUUAUGUCUCAUCGGAAGUCCAGCGGGAGUUCUGGGCUAUUUUACAGAGUUCCUUUAUAUCCGAGCAAUGCAAGUUUAUAAUAGAAAAGAUGUUAUCUCUCCUUCGUAAGCGUGAGACCGACGAUUUGAAGAAGUGUUUCUCUGUCUUAAAAGAUGGUGAGAAGUUACAAGACUCUGUUUCUGUGUUCACUGCUUAUUGUGAGGAAGUUGGGAAAGAGCGGAUAGAGAACAUGGGGAAGUUAAUACAGCCGUUUGAGAUCAUCAAAGAGGUGAUGGAGUAUUAUGAAGAUAUCGAGAAGCUUAUUAAAGAAGACUUUGGGAACCAUACAUUAUACCUCUCAGCCUUUGGGAAAGUGUUUCGUGGUGUUAUUAAUGGGAACAAGAAAAUAGGGAAUGGAGAUGAAAUAGGGAGUGUAGUGCCCGAAUUUUUGGCGAAAUACUCUGAUGUCGUUAUUAAGCAGUGUGUUGGUAUCGACGAGUUAAAUGAGCGACUAGAUAGGAUCUUUAACAUCUACGAUUAUAUCGAGAACAAAGACGUCUUUGAGAAUUACUACAUUCGAAGCAUCGCGAAAAGAAUGUUACUGCGCGGGAAUACCGCAAAUCUGUCGGAGGAGAACUCUGCGUUUGGGAGACACAAGAUCAAAUUUUCCGCGGCGUUCUCGUUUAAGAUCCAAAAGAUGAUGAGCGACUUACAAGUGUCACAGGACAUGUCCACGAAAUUCACUGAGAGCGUUCAAGUCCAAUUCCCAUUCUUUGUCAACAUUUUACAGACGUCUGUCUGGCCAUUCUUCCCUCAAAAUUUCCAAUUCACACUGCCACAAGCGUUACAAGAGACACACGUCUUUUUUGAGAAAUGGUAUGUCAAACAAUAUCAGAGGAGAAAGUUGGAGUGGUUACACCAAUACACAAGAGGAAAGAUCAAAACAAAUUACUUGAGUAAGAUGUAUAACUUCUUUGGAAGUGCGUAUCAACUCUCAGUCUUAAUCCUGUUCAACUCAAAUGAAACACUGACCAACGAAAAAAUAUUCGAACAAAUCCAUUUGACUAUGGACAUCGUCAAGAGUGUUGUGGUCUCCUUAGAACAAGUCGGACUUAUCAAAGUGGACAACGACGUCAUUUCAUUAAACACCAAUUUCGCAAAUAACAAGAUGAAGAUAGUCUUGCCUUUGCCCAAGUUAAUCGCCGCCAAGGAAGUCAAAAAGGAAGAAGAGAAAGAAAUCACAGCAGAGCGGGUGGGGAUGAUCGAGGCGUGUAUCGUGAAGUUAAUGAAAAGAAAUAGGCGGAUGGUCCAUAACGAGUUAAUGCAAGCUGUUGUCACUUCAUUGUCUUCACGUUUCAGACCACCCGUCCCUCUUGUAAAACGAACUAUUGAGUCCUUAAUAGAAAGAGAGUACAUGGCUAGAUCUGAUGUUAAAAAAGACGAAUACACCUACAUUGAGUAA